GACAGUUCUGCAGUAGACUACAACACAAACAGAAUAGCAUACGUUUAUUCUGAAAAUAAUUAACCGGAAAAGGCGUCGACGUAGAUUGUUGCUGUUGCUGUCAACAGCUAAUCAAGUAAACGGCGACUUCAGGCGCCACAAAGCUCAAGCAACUUUACAAUUAAGGCUGCUACGCUGUGAAAGUCACAGCUUUAAGGGUGUGUGGUAAACAUCACUGUGCAGUGGGUGUCAGUGGGUGUGUGUAGCACCGUUUUUCAGAGUGAGUGAUGUCUUCAGAGCUGCUGGUAGAUUUGGGUGAAGACCCUGCGACUGCACAGUUAGGACAGCUGAAGCUGACCACGGUAGAGGACCAGCAGUGGCCGGCGGAUGAGUCUACUCUCAGCAAAUCAGAGACAGAUAUCUCACAACGCUUUGACGCUGGCUCUCCACACCUGCCCUGGGACCAUCCAUUCUAUGACAUCGCCAGGCACCAGAUCAUUGAAGUGGCAGGUGAUGAUAACUUUGGAAGGAAGGUGAUAGUCUUUAAUGCAUGCAGGAUGCCUCCACAGCACCAACUGGACCAUCACAAACUGCUGAUGUAUCUUAAAGGAACACUGGAUCAGUAUGUUGAAAGUGACUACACUCUGAUCUAUUUCCAUCAUGGGCUGACCAGUGAAAACAAACCCUCUCUCAGCUGGCUACGAGAUGCAUACAGGGAGUUUGACAGAAAGUAUAAGAAGAACAUCAAGGCUCUGUAUAUCGUCCAUCCAACCAUGUUCAUCAAGACUCUGCUCAUCCUCUUCAAACCAAUCAUCAGUUUUAAGUUUGGCAGGAAGAUUAACUAUGUGAGCUAUCUGAGUGAGCUGGAAGAUGUGGUGAAGAGUGAACAGUUGCUUAUUCCUGCCCGUGUCAAAGAGUACGACAACAAAUUAAGAGCCUCACUUAAACCAACGGUCCAGCCUCCCAUGUCUCCUCCUCACAGCCCCCCCCUUCCUAGCCAGGUGUUUGGGGUGCCACUUGGAUUGCUCAGGCAGAGGAAUCCAAGUGGCAAUCCAGUUCCCGUGGUGAUGACCGACACCAUUAGCUUCCUUUCCGAGCAAGGUUUGGAGAUUGAAGGGAUCUUCAGACGGUCUGCCAAUGUGACUCUGGUGAAAGAGGUCCAGCUCAGAUACAACUCAGGUGCAACAGUGAAUUUCAGAGAGAUGGAAGAUGUCCACUUGGCUGCUGUGAUUCUGAAGACAUUCCUGAGGGAACUACCUGAGCCUCUGCUGACCUACCAGCUCUACAACGACAUUGUCAACUUCACUUGUAUGUUCAAAAGAGUACUAUUUUUUGUGUUCCCAGAAUUCCUAGAAAUGCCAUUCUCUAGAAUAAGAUGAAAACUAUAACCACUCAGGCAACAAAAAAUACACUUUUCAAUAAAAUGU